AUGAGCGUACCUCCUAUUUCCAUUUUCUUAAUGGAUCAGGAAAGGCUUCGUAAUUUUAUCAUUUGGGCAAUUACAACUGCGUUAGCGUCGGAUUCUGCACAAAGAAAAUACCUCAGAGCAAAGACAGAUCCAGAUGAUUACUGCUUUACUUAUCCAAUUCAUUGUAGUGCUAACCUUCCUGAUUCUUUAAGACAAGCAUCGAGUAGUAAUUCUGUAUUGGAAAUCUCGGUUGAUGCUAGUUAUCAAGCUAAAUGUCGCGAUGCAGUAACAGAAGCCUGCUCCUAUUUUUGA